CCUCUGUAUUAUUGUGUACGAUUGUCUACUAUCACCUGUGCACGCCUCUGUUUCUCAAAGAUAAGGUGAGCGCCGAAAUGCUAGCGUAAGGUGUCCGACUUCAGUCAGUGGUUCCAGCACCGUUUCGAGGUACCGUUAACUCGUCAUCGUACUUGGGUUCUUGCGUUCCGAUAGGUACCAAUCUUGAACUUGGUUGUCGUAGUUGUACCUUUGGCGCGGUAUUAUAGUUAUGUGAGUGAGGAUUUUUUGGACAAUUAUUGAAGUAACGGGCUUGUGGAAUAAAGUGUAUAGCCUAUUUUCGAAAGUGAAGAAAACAGAAUGGCCAGCAACUACCUACUACUUCUAGUCAUUAUAUGCUGUAUCAGCAAGUCAUUCCAAAACACCAAGGACAACACGAUAGACGAUUCUAGUCCGUAUGAAGAGGUCGCUAGCGACAUCAGGAAGGAACAGAACGGUCAAAAUUUCGGGGCUCUCUUCACUAAUUUCAUGGAGACCGAAGGAGCGAAUAUUAUGGGGGAUGCCCUCUCUAAUUUCGGAAAGGAAAAUGCUGGACAGCUGCUGCAGGGACUGGGGUCCUUGCUGGCAGCUAAUGCUAAACAAGAAAAGGAAACACAAAAGAAUUUCCCCGCGAGAUUAACCCGUCGAGUUGAGGCUUCGCACCCCUUCGUGGUCACCUUAGAGACCUGCAGAACAUCUCUUUCCAAAGACUUGUUCAUCCAACGAACAGCGAGGCUCUGGAACACAUUGCCAAGGGAGGUGUUCCCCGAGGCAGAUAACCUCCAGAAAUUCAAGAAGAACAAAAAUUCCUACCCCGAUGCUCCCAACGUCCUCGAAGGCAUCGGAGCCCUCAUGGGGGCUCUCGGGGGAGCGAAUCAAGGAGGAGCAGGCGGCAACGACGCGGGAGCCUUGCUUCAAGGUCUAGGAUCACUUCUAGGCAACAAAGAAGGUCAAGGCGGCCUAGACCCUGCGGUCAUAGGCAACAUGCUCAAUAUGUUCGUCCAGAGCCAAGGUGACUCCAAAACUGGGACCAAGUCCAAAGACUCAAAAACGAAGAAUCCGAAAAAGGCCGAGAAGUCCAGAUCCGACCAACCAGAUUUUGACAUUGGGGAUUUGCUGUCACUUGCAAGCAAUUUCAUCGGUCAACCUCAAACAGGUAAAAAAGGCUUGAGAAUUGAAAGAGUAUCAUUAUCAUUGCAUAAAAUUAUAUUGGGAGAAGGAGUGUGGGCUGAAAGUUCAACGAUUUGUUUCGGACGUUAUAGAUUGGGGAAUAUCGUAGAAGAAUAUUCUUCUACAUUGGCCUCAUUGAACGUUACAGGUAAAGAUAAAAAUGGUGGUCAAGAAGGAAACUUCAUGAGCUACCUCCCGAUGAUCAUGCAGCUCAUCAACUCCUUCACAGGCCCAGAGGCGGAGAGCAGGGCCAAGUCUCACGAGAGUCAUUCUUGGCUACUGCCUCCAUUUUUGGAGAAACUCCACGUGGUAUUCGAUCACUUCAUCAAUUCCGACAUUGGCAAGCAAAUUAUAGCUGCGCUUGGAGCGGAAAAAACAUUCAAGGUCUUCCUCGAUGAACAAGGGAAGUUUAGUUAUCAAAAAUUUGGGGAAAUGAUGGAGAAUCACUCCUUCAGAAGACAUUGGAUCAGAUUGUUGACGGAUAGAAUAGCAGGAUUCUUGGUCUACGUUUCGCAUCCCACCGUUUACAAAUCGUAUUUGGCAACUGGCCAAAUAUUUUUGAACGGCUAUUUGAAGAGUCAAGGUUUCCCUAAAGCUGCCUUAUUUGACCCUGCUAAGCCCGUGGAAACCAUUUCAGCUCUAGUCAAUCAUAUCGCCAAAACGUACUUCGAUGUCAGAAUCAAAUCCAAAGAGUAUGUCAAGCCAGCUGUAAUAUAUGUUAAGGACCUACUGAAACUUCUGGAGAAGAACGGUCCAAUACAGAGUUCCGGCAGUCACAAUGAAUUCACUGAUAAACUAACUGAUACGAUCAAUUUGGAAAUCAUCGAGCCAUUGGCAAGGGUAAACAGAGCAUACAGGUUUGCCAAAUCUGUGCCGAAAUGUGAUAGGUAUGUGCUAUGUUUGGUGAAUGAAGACAACCAAAACGAAGUAAAGAGUUUACCAGGUUUGAAAAAUCUCUUGUACAAGGGAUCCAGCUUGUUGGCGGCCUGGUUCCUGAGCGAAGAAACGAAAACGGCAUUUUGGACAUAUUAUACUGAUAUCAUGGACGAGACAAAUUGUAAGGCAUUAUAUAAUGAGAAGUGCAAUGAUUUCCACGUGGAAGAAUUGAGAGUGACGACUGAAUAUGUUCAUAAUGAACUAUAAAAUAAUAUAUUCUAUCAAUAGUUGAUGGUUGAAUAUGCUGAUAAUACUUAUGUUUUGGCUUAAAACUCAUUAUCUCAUGUAAGAACCCAUACUUCAAAUGAUUAUCUAUGAGUGCAUUAUCGACUUCGUAACGAGUCGGUCUGAUAAGUAAGUAUUAUCCAUAUUUUUCCAGCAAUAAUUGGCAUUAGGUUAUUUAUUUUGUAAAAAUAGUUAUAAAAUAAAAUGUAAUGGUUUAUUUU